UAACAAUCCUGAGGUCAAUCAACAUCCGGGACACCAGAAUACGUGCACAACUCAGCAAUGGCGUUUGGUGACGAAAAGCACAUAGAAAAUGACCCUCCUGAGGAGGAGGAAGAAGAGGAUGAUGAGGACGAGGAAGACAUACCAGAUCCAAUUGAUGUUAAAAGGGAGGAGUGCAGUUCAUUAUCAGAAUGUCAGAAAUUGAAGACUGAAUUAGAAGUUUGCAAUGAAAGAGUGAAUAGCCGUAGCAACACAGAGGAGACAUGUACUCAGGAAUUAUACGAUUUUUUCCACUGUACAGAUCAUUGUGUAGCAAAAACAUUAUUCUCAAAGCUCAAAUGAAAGAUUGGUGUUCAAGAACUGGUCGUACUAUGGUGUGCUUUGUUUUGUUAUCUGUUCACUCAAGAUUUUGAUAUCCAUCCGCUAUUCUAAUGCGCCACAUUCACAAUGCUAUCGUGUUGAUGAAUGUUUGAGUCUGUGUUCAUUUCUUUAGUAUCAAUUAUUAUACAAUUCCUCUGUCCCAAGUUAUUUUUAAUUAUAAUGAAGAACUAAAAAAAAAUAACUUUGUUCAUUUCAAAUGUCAUUUGAUGUUGACAAUAAAGUUGAUUGAAUAAAGCA